AUGGCGGCGGGCGGCGGCGGCGGGGCGCGGCGGGGGCUGCUGAAGCGGAAGCCGAACUUCACGCUGCAGGAGAUCGACAUCCUGAUGAGCGAGGUGCUCAAGUACGAGCAGCUGCUCUUCGGCGCCGCCGCCAGCACCGUGAACGCCUACGAGAAGCAGAAGAUCUGGUGGCGAAUCACCAACAAGAUCAACGCCGCCGGCCGCAACCAGCGCGACAUCGGCGAGGUGAAGAACCGGUGGCGGGGGCUGCGCCGUCGGGCUAACGAUAAAAUCACUCGGCACCGGCAGGAGAGGCAGGGACCCGCCGCCCGACCCGCCGUCAGACCCGGGAACGGCAAUGGCAACGGGAACGGAUCCGGGCCGGGCCCGCCGGACCUCGGCCCCGGGCCCGCUGCCGGUUGGGGACCGCGAGGUGCCGCCGGUAUCGACCCACCGCUGCUCAGCGUCGAGGUGGUGGCUCCGCACGGUGUGAAGGAGGAGCCGGUGAAGGAGGAGCCGGUGGAGGUGAAAACGGAGCCGUUCCACAGCGCGGCUGCCGACAGCAUCCACGGCACCGAGCGCCGGCUGCCCCGCGCCGCCCUCCGCUCCCCCGCCGAGCUGUGCGAGGGCUGGAGCCGCAGCCCCCCGCCCCCCGCGCCCCCCGAACUCUCCCUCGGCGAGCUGGGCGGGCAGCAGGAGCCGCUGGGCUCCGAUUUCCCCAGCAUCCUCUUCCAGCAAGAGGCAGAGCAGCUCAACAACUGCGGCGCGGGCGAGGCGGGGCCCGGCGGGACCGCGGGACCGUCGGACGGGGGCACGGCAGCCGACGGCGGGCAGCUGAGCCCCGCGGAGCAGCGCAUGGUGCAGUCCAACGAGCGGCUGGUGCAGGAGCUGCGGGCGUUCCGCCGCGAGUACGCCGAGAGCCGCCGGGAGACCACCUCGGUGCUGCGCGGCAUCGCCCAGGCGCUCGGCGGCCUCAGCCGCAGCCUGGCCGAGAUCCGUGACCUCUACCUCCGGGAGCAGGCGGUCCCCAAGCCCUGAGCCCCCACUCCCCCACGCAGCUGGCUGUGUGUGACAGGGACCUCCCUGGGGACAGCUCCCCCCCCCCCGCCCCCUUCCUCCGGCGCUCGCCUUGCUUAUUUUUAUUAAUUAUUUUUAUUACCCUCCCCCCCUGCCCCACGUCAAUAAAACUCCGAGCUGCCCCCCCCGGCUCCCCCCUC